CGCAGCCUCACCUUGACCAACUCCAACUCCAGCACGUCAAGUCUUCUGUCUGCUGCUCGAGUCACGGCCUCUCCUUUUUUGCGGCUCUUUCCCCUUCCUUUCCUUUUCUUUUCCCUUCUCCUCCAAAGAUUAUCCAAGAUGCUCUCGGGCGUGCUCAUCUUCAACCAAAAGGGCGAGAAUCUCAUCUUCCGCGCCUUUCGCAACGACUGCCGCCCUCGCCUUGCCGACGUCUUUCGCAUCCAAGUCAUUUCCAAUGCCCAGGUCCGAUCGCCCAUCUUGACGCUGGGCAGCACGACUUUCAGCCAUGUCAAGCACGAAAACAUUUACCUCGUCGCCAUCACCAAGAGCAACGCCAAUGCCGCGCUGGUCUUUGAGUUCCUCUACCGGCUGAUUCAGCUGGGAAAGGGGUACUUUGGCAAGUUUGACGAGGAGGCCGUCAAGAACAACUUUGUGCUGGUCUACGAGCUGCUGGAUGAAAUCAUCGACUUUGGCUAUCCGCAAAACACCGAGACAGACACGCUCAAAAUGUACAUCACCACCGAAGGAGUCAAGUCCGAGUCGCGCCCCGAAGACACGUCCAAAAUCACCAUGCAGGCCACCGGCGCGCUGUCAUGGCGAAAGGCAGACGUCAAGUACCGCAAGAACGAGGCCUUUGUUGAUGUCAUCGAGGACGUCAACCUGCUCAUGUCUGCCACCGGCGCAGUUCUGCGAGCGGAUGUCACGGGCCAGAUCGUUAUGCGCGCCUAUCUGUCCGGCACCCCCGAGUGCAAGUUUGGCCUCAACGAUCGACUGCUGCUGGAUAACGACGGACUGUUGAGCCUGCCCAGCGGCAACAAGAUGGGCACAAAGGCCACCAAGGCCGCUGCGGGAAGCGUCACGCUGGAGGACUGCCAGUUCCACCAGUGCGUCAAGCUGGGCAAGUUUGACACAGACAGAAUCAUCAGCUUCGUCCCGCCCGACGGCGAGUUCGAGCUCAUGCGCUACCGUGCCACGGAAAACGUCAACCUCCCCUUCAAGGUACACGCCAUCGUCAACGAGGUCAGCCGCACAAAGGUCGAGUACAGCAUCGGCGUCAAAGCCAAUUUCGGUUCCAAGCUCUUUGCCACCAAUGUCAUCAUCAAGAUCCCGACUCCCCUCAACACCGCCAAGAUCACCGAGCGUUGCACACAGGGCAAGGCCAAGUACGAGCCCAGCGAGAACGUCAUUGUCUGGAAGAUUGGCAGGUUCACGGGCCAGAGCGAAUACGUCCUCACUGCCGAGGCUUCCCUGACCAGUAUGACAAACCAAAAGGCGUGGAGCCGGCCGCCCCUGAGCAUGAAUUUUAGCUUGCUCAUGUUUACCAGCUCAGGCUUGCUGGUACGCUAUCUAAAGGUCUUUGAGAAGAGCAACUAUUCCAGUGUCAAGUGGGUGCGGUACAUGACGAGAGCAGGUUCAUAUGAAAUAAGAUUUUGAGGUGAUUUGACUGUAUGAUGAUGGAUUUAUGGCAUGUAUGGCGUUGAAGGAUACUCGGGCAAAAAGCUUUAAUAUCAUUGCAUCUUUUUAUUUCCCUUUCUCGAGCAUGACUUCCCUUCCACAACCGAGGCUGCAAUCCAUUCUACGAGGAUAUGACAGCUUCAGCAGUGGAAAGCUUGUGACACACUCAAUUUGACAGCCCCCCUUUCGUGCUGCAUACCCCUCGGAUCCGUCCGCGGAUGGCUGCAGAAAAUCUCAGAUCUACCCCUU